CAAAACUAAAAUCCCAAAAGAAAAGAAAAACAAAGGAAGAAAGAAAGAGCGAAGGAAAGGAGAUUUUAGAUUUAAAAACUCCUUUUUUGUUUUUCUCUAUAAAAAUGGAAAAAAGAAUUUAAAAUGUCGUCUUCCCUCAUCUGAAAAUACCAGCUAAUACCAUUUACUCCUCUUCUGCCGCUAUUCCCUCCCCCUUUCUCUCCUCUCCGCCGCUGCCGUCGCCAUCAUCGUCGCCGGCAGGCCACCGCCUUCCUCCCCCAUUCUCUCUACCUAAUUUAUAACCUCCCACCCACGAACCCCACCAUCUUCCCACCUCCAACAAAUUCGAAACCCAAAAUACAUUUUUAUCUGAAUAACCAAAAAUUGAAGAAGAAAAAAACGGCUUCUUCUUCCUUACUAAUCCCUACUGCUCGUCUCUCUAAUUAAGGAAACUAAACAGCAACCCAACUACCCAAUUUCCCAAUGAAGCGGUUGAAGAGCUACUACAGUCAUUUCCGGCACCACCAGGGUGCGUCGGCAGACCGGCGGCGCUGGAUCUUCCCACUGGCGAUCGGCUCCCUGUUCUCCCUCUUCCUCCUACUCCUCACCACUGUCUCUUCCCCCGCCGGGGUUCCUAUCUUUCCCUUCUACCGCUCAAUCUACUCCUUCAGCUCCAAAUUCGUGGAGCCCAAGCUGCAGCCUUUGCCGGUCUCUACUCUCCCUCCGCCGCCGCGGUUCGCCUACUUGAUCUCGGGGUCAAAGGGGGAUGGGAACAUGCUCAAAAGGACUUUGCUGGCUCUCUACCAUCCCAACAACCGCUACGUCGUGCACUUGGACGCCGAAUCGCCGCCGGAGGAGCGCGCGGAUCUGGCCGAUUUCGUUCGGGAUCAUAGGGUUUUCGUGAAAUUCGGCAAUGUGAAGAUGAUCACCAAGGCAAACCUCGUCACUUACAGGGGGCCGACCAUGGUGGCCAAUACGCUUCACGCUGCUGCAAUCUUGCUUCAGGGAAGGGUCCGAUUGGGAUUGGUUUAUUAAUCUCAGCGCCUCCGAUUACCCACUCGUGACUCAGGACGAUCUGCUGCACGUGUUUUCCUAUCUGCCGAGGGAUCUUAAUUUCAUCGAUCAUACAAGCGACAUUGGCUGGAAAGAGGUUCAGAGGGCAAAGCCGAUUAUAGUCGAUCCUGGGUUGUAUAUGAAUAAGAAAUCUGAUGUUUUCUGGAUAAACACAGCGGAGAAGUGUGCCGACAGCUUUCAAGCUCUUCACAGGUUCUGCAUGGAUGGUGCUUUCUCGGCCAUUCAUCGAUUACACGAUCUGGGGUUGGGACAAUUUGCCUCGAACAACCCUAAUGUACUACUCAAACUUCAUAUCAUCCCCAGAAGGCUACUUCCACACAGUCAUCUGCAAUGCCCUCGAGUUCCGCAACACAACUGUAAAUAGUGACCUCCACUUCAUCGCGUGGGACAACCCUCCGAAGCAACACCCUCACCACCUGACUAUCGCUGACAUGGACAAAAUGGUUGAGAGUAACGCCCCAUUUGCUCGGAAGUUCAGGCAGGAUGAUCCUGUCCUCGACAGAGUAGACUCAGAGCUCCUGUCAAGAGGUCCCGGCAUGUUCACUCCUGGUGGCUGGUGCAUUGGGAGUCGAGGGGAGAACGGAACUGAUCCCUGCUCCAUCAUCGGUAACACCACAGUUGUCAGACCGGGCCCUGGAGCGAAAAGACUGGAAACGCUGAUUGGGUCUCUCCUAUCCACUGAGAAUUUCCGACCAAGGCAGUGCAAAAUGAUGAAAAAAGAAAAGAGUUUGAUAGCAUUUAUCGAGCAUGUCAGCAUACUGGGUACGGGGAACGAACGGUAAGAUGAAGCUGAAGGUGCACUCGAAUUCACGGUGUUAUACAUGGUGAUGGAAGGCUAUGGCGAGAAGGAACUAGGAAGAUACAGCUGGGAUUUACUUCUGCACAUUGAUUAUCACGGUAAAACCCAUUCAUACCCUGUUACUAGUCACCCCUAGAACUUGCUUCUUUUUUUGGUUUUCGGUGUGGAAUUAUUGAUAUCUUCCAUGUUCAAGAUCAUUUCCUCCCCCUGUAACAUUAGCAAUGAAAAUCGAGAUUGGUGCUGAAUGAAAAUGAAUUGGUCCAGAAAGAGGAAGGGUUCUAAUGUAAGGUCUGUCACUGUACUGUCAUGUUACUACAUACACAUCUUGGUUGGUAAUCCGUUUGCCAGAAAAUGCAGGCUGAAUUCUAUCCUCUUUUUGUGUCUUUAUCUAUCCUCCAUCCCAAACGCGCACGCACCAUGGCGAGGCUGCGGGCAGUUGUAGUAGUUUAGAGGGUUAAGCUGAUUUGCAGGAAGUGCAUCAGCGGGAAUCUAGGCACAGCUGAACCAGAGAUUGAGGUCACGGGUUGUAGUAGCAUACAAUUCAAACUGUUUCCUUUCUAAUUUCUAUAGGGUUGUUAAACGGAUUCAAUGUGUACGAAAUGGGUGAUAAACAAAUGACAAAGAUCUAUGCAUAUGAUAUAUAUCCAUGACAUAUACUAACUCUUCAUUCAGAAAGAUUCUCAUAUUAUUCUUUUUAAUGAAGAUUCUUAUAUUACACGAGGCAUCAUAAGAAUAGAUCUCUUAAAAGACAAAAGAAGCUCUUUUUAUUUUAAAAUAAAUUGUAAACAAAAAUAUGAAAUUUUCUAGCCUUUAUAUUCGUUUCCCUCCUUCCUCCUGCAGAAGCAGAACCCCCCUCCCCGUCUCUCUCUCUCUCUCUCCCUCCUUCGUUCGUGUUCGUUCUUCCUCACCUAUCAAAUUUGAAUAGGAAAAGGAAAGGCAGGAAGGGGGGGAAAAAGAAGGGCAAUCCUUCUUUUCUUCUACAGGGGUGUUCUUCCUUUCUUUCUGGUUUUCUCCUCUCAACUGAAACAACAAGUCCAAAGCAUAAAGAAAUGGGGUCGGAAGGCGAGAUGGCGAGGAAACCCAGGUUCCUGUGCCUGCACGGGUUCAGGACCAGCGCAGCAAUCUUGAAGAAGCAGCUCACCAUCAAAUGGCCGGAAUCCGUCCUCCAGAACCUCGAUCUAGUCUUCGUCGACGCCCCUUACCCCGCCGAGGGCAAAUCAGAGGUCGAAGGGAUCUUCGACCCUCCUUAUUACGAGUGGUUCCAAUUCAACAAGGAAUUCACGGAGUACAUGAAUUUUGAAGAGUGCUUAGCUUACAUAGAGGAAUUAAUGAUCAAGCAUGCUCCCAUUGACGGCCUUCUCGGUUUCUCACAGGGAGCAAUUCUGUCGGCUGGACUUCCAGGUCUGCAAUCCAAGGGUUUGGCGCUGACCAAAGUGCCGAAGAUCAAGUUUCUGAUAAUAGUCGGAGGGGCGAAAUUCAAGGCAAAAUCAGUGGCCGCCGACGCUUACGCUUCUCCCAUACAAUGUCCAUCCCUCCACUUUCUCGGGGAGCUGGAUUUUUUGAAGCCACAUGGUAAGGAACUGCUGUUACAUUGUGGAGAUGCUGUGGUUGUUCAUCACCCUAGGGGACAUACCAUUCCCAGACUUGGUAAAAUUCAUUCACUCUUUUACCAAAAUUCAAUCACGUGUUUGAACUCGACCACAAUCCUCGUAUGACAAGAAAGUCGUACUAAUGUCUUUGCGAUUCGUAAUUGUUUGAUGUAUGUGCAAUUGCAAUUAUUUAGGCAUAAUUGUUGAAUUUGGGAGGUUUUGUUUCUUUUGUUGCAUCAGAUGAGAAGGGGCUGGCAACGGUGAACGGCUUCGUCGAGAGGAUCCAAAACCUGGUGAAACAAGAAGAAGGGAAGAACACCCCAGGCCCCAACAAUGAUUUUUACGUAGGGGCUGUUUGAUUAGUUGGAGGAUACAUAUGAUUGUUCUUCAUCAUUUUUAUGUAUUGUAUGUCCGAUUACAAUAAAGCAAAUGAAGGACCAAUUAUAUGUUCUCUAAUCUCUAUAGCACUCUCGUACUAAUCAGCUUAUCAAACCGAUGGAAAUCUCAAUAAUGCCAGUGCGAAUAUUACACUGAAUUCACUCGAAUUGAUG